AGGGUGUGUGGUGGCAGAUAGUACCACACAGUACAGUGACAGGGUGUGUGGUGGCAGAUAGUACCACACAGUACAGUGACAGGGUGUGUGGGGGCACACAGUACGGUGACAGGGUGUGUGGUGGCACAGUACCACACAGUACAGUGACAGGGUGUGUGGUGGCAGAUAGUACCACACAGUACAGUGACAGGGUGUGUGGGGGCACAUAGUACCACACAGUACAGUGACAGGGUGUGUGGGGGCACAUAGUACCACACAGUAUGGUGACAGGGUGUGUGGGGGCACACAGUACAGUGACAGGGUGUGUGGGGGCAGAUAGUACCACACAGUACAGUAACAGGGUGUGUGGUGGCAGAUAGUACCACACAGUACAGUGACAGGGUGCGUGGGGGCACAUAGUACCACACAGUACAGUGAUAGGGUGUAUGGUGGCAGAUAGUACCACACAGUACAGUGACAGGGUGUGUGGUGGCAGAUAGUACCACACAGUACAGUGACAGGGUGUGUGGGGGCACACAGUACGGUGACAGGGUGUGUGGUGGCACAGUACCACACAGUACAGUGACAGGGUGUGUGGUGGCAGAUAGUACCACACAGUACAGUGACAGGGUGUGUGGGGGCACAUAGUACCACACAGUACAGUGACAGGGUGUGUGGGGGCACAUAGUACCACACAGUAUGGUGACAGGGUGUGUGGGGGCACACAGUACAGUGACAGGGUGUGUGGGGGCACACGGUACGGUGACAGGGUGUGUGGGGGCACACAGUGAUGUCCUCUGACAGUUCGGGUACCCGGAGCUCCUGCUCUCAGUGUCUGUGUUGUUGUGCCUGGCUUGUGUACUAGUUCCUGGGGACAGUGACAGGGGGAGGAAGCGGAGGAUCAGCUGAGGGAGGAGGAGGAGGAGCUCCGCUCGGCCCCGCAAGUUGAGCCUAAACAGCUCGGUGGUGCCUGUGCCUAUGUCUGCAUGAGGAGCCCCGGACCCCUCGGCGAGCUCGGCCAUUAAGCUGCCGCUAUGAGAAGGGACAGGGGAUGCGGCAUGAGGUCGGUGGUGAGCUUCCUGUCCCGGAGAGGCCUGCACGGAGACCCCCUGCUGAAGGAGGACUUCCAGAGGAGGAGGCUGCAGGCCUGCAGAAACCUGUACAAGAAGGACCUGCUGGGCCACUUCGGCUGUGUCAAUGCCAUCGAGUUCUCCAACAAUGGUGGCAGCAUGCUGGUGUCAGGGGGUGAUGACCGCCGUGUGUUGCUGUGGCACAUGGAACAAGCCAUUCAUUCUAGAGCCAACCCCAUACAGUUGAAAGGGGAACAUCAUUCUAACAUAUUCUGCUUGGCUUUCAACAAUUGCAAUAACAAGGUGUUCUCUGGAGGAAAUGAUGAACAAGUAAUCCUUCAUGAUGUUGAAAGUGGUGAAACACUGGAUGUUUUUGCUCAUGAGGAGGCGGUAUAUGGUCUGUCAGUCAGUCCAGUGAAUGAUAAUGUGUUUGCUAGUUCAUCGGAUGAUGGAAGAGUCUUAAUAUGGGACAUCCGAGAGCCUCCACAAGGAGAUCCUUUCUGCCUGGCUCAUUAUCCAUCAGCUUUCCACAGUGUCAUGUUUAACCCCGUGGAACCCAGGCUGCUGGCCACUGCCAAUUCUAAAGAGGGAGUUGGACUCUGGGAUAUCCGGAAGCCUCAUAGCUCUCUUCUACGCUACGGUGGAAAUCUUUCCCUGCAAAGUGCGAUGAGUGUGAGAUUUAAUAGCAGCGGGACUCAGCUGCUGGCACUGCGCCGACGCCUGCCUCCUGUACUGUACGACCUUCAUUCACGGCUACCCGUAUUCCAGUUUGACAACCAGGGUUACUUUAAUUCUUGUACCAUGAAGAGCUGUUGCUUUGCUGGAGACAGAGAUCAGUACAUCUUAUCUGGCUCUGAUGAUUUCAACCUGUACAUGUGGAAGAUCCCAUCCAGCCCAGAAGCAGGUGGACCAGGCAGAGUUGUAAAUGGGGCUUUUAUGAUACUGAAGGGACACCGGUCAAUCGUGAAUCAAGUGCGAUUCAAUCCUAACACCUAUAUGAUCUGUUCUUCAGGUGUUGAGAAGAUCAUAAAGAUUUGGAGCCCAUACAAGCAACCAAGCUGUUCUGGAGACCUUAAUGGACAGAUAGAGGACGAUUCACGUUGUUUGUACACGCAUGAGGAGUACAUUGGGCUUGUGCUCAACAGUGGAAGUGGUUUGUCCCAUGAUUAUGCCAACCAGUCAGUCCAGGAAGACCCCCGCAUGAUGGCUUUUUUUGACUCUCUGGUGAGAAGAGAGAUAGAAGGUUGGAGCUCUGAUUCUGAUAGUGACAGCACAAUUUUACAACUCCAUCCUGGAGUCAGUGAACGUUCAGCUUAUAGCGACUCGGAGUCGUCUGUUUCUUUACCGUCUUCUCCUGCACAAAUUGCACCCGAGUCUGAUGAGGCUCUCAAUACUGGGGAACCACAGAGGUCAAUGGAUUCUCCUUCUACAAGACCUGGGAUUACGUCCCAAAGGUUACGGCUGUUGGCAUUGAGGAAAUACCAGGACAAACGCCUCUCAGCCAUGUCCAACAAUACAGACUCUGAUGAAAAUGCUUGUGAAACUGAGGCAGAAAUUGAUCCUUUCCCUCGCCCCCGUUCCCCAAGUCCUGAGGAAGACCAGUCUAGCAGCAGCAGCAGUAGUAGCAGUGAUGAGGAAGACGCUCUUAAUGAUCGCAGGAUAUCCAUGCGACAACGCAAUGCCUUGAGGCAGAAACAAAAAAUGCCAAAAGAGGAAAAGACAAAAUUGAAUUCUGAAAACACACCAGCUGUAAUUGGGGAGGACGUGUAUGACUACCCUCAGAUCACAGUGGAUGAACUUUCUACGUCUACUGAAUCAUCCCCGGACCGAAGAAGUCCUAGUGCAAUAGAUCGAAAGUCUUCACUAUGUUCUAGCAUUGACUCUGUGGAAAGAAAGAUCUACAAAGCUUAUAAGUGGCUCCAGUACUCUUACAUAUCUUAUUCUAAAGGUAAGGAUGGAGAAUCUUCCACUGUGGAUGGGGACAGUGAGGAGGUAAGGCCAGGAACCAGCAGAAGGAGCAGUACCUUACUGCCCACAAGGGAAAAUGAUGGCCUGUUAAUUCCACACGAACAAAAAGAUCUUCUUCCUGAUGGGAAAGAACCAUUGCAUAAAGACUCCUUAUUAGACAGCCUUAACCCCCACAAGAGGCACCAAAGUCCAAAACAGCUCUGGCUGGAGGAAUUAGAAAAUUCUUCUCAAGACACAGGGUCUUUAGAGUGUUCAUCUGAGACUAAAAAACUAAAUGGAACGUCUGUCCAUAAAGAGCUCACAUCUUGCUCUGAUGACUCUUGUGACCUACGUGACAGUUCCAUAGCACAAACGAGCAGCGAAUCCAGUCAACUCACAGUGAACCAGCAAUCCCCCUGUUCUGAGAGUAAAAGCACAGACAGCAACUUAAGGAGCCAAGAGGGUGAAAUGAAAGAUGAGGUGACAGAUGUUCCUUGUGCUCAUCACAGCAAUGGUCAUUUGCACCCUCAUUCCGCAGACUCUAAUAAUGGUGGACUGAGUUAUGGCGAGCAGCCAGCAGCAUGCUGUUGUACGCACUCAAGUACGGACAGUGUCAGCUCAACGCAAGUGGUGGCAACACUGCACAAGGGCACGUGCCUAACACAAGUGGACUCUUGUAGGAGUACAAAAGAUAACGCCACAUGUCAUACAGACGUUGGGGGUUUGCAGCCUCCAAGUGGACUGAAAAGACCCUGGCGAGAUGAGCCGGAGAAUUCUUCCUCCGAGAAGAAAAUGAAAACCUAAGUACCCUUCCCCUCGUAUAGCUGAGGAGAAAUACUUAUAAGUGUGUACAAUCUGAUUCAGAAAUAUUGGGGCUAUGUGUGUCUGAUUGCUUAAACCUUUCUUGAGUUUGAGGCAUAGCCAAAUUUAGUUUGCACUAAAGAAAGCAGUGUUUUCUUUAACCUAUUUCUAUCAUUUCUUCUCUCCCUUUAUCUUAAGACUAGAGUGAUCUGGCUCCUGCCAACAUGGGGCUGGAUGAAAAAUAAUAAUAAUUGCAAAGUGUCUCCUUCUGUUGGUGUGCGAGUGAUGCCAUGCAGUGACAACGCUCUGAAAUGUAACACUCUUAUUAAAUACGUUUUAUUUUAUUUUUCUGUACAUUGCCAAAGCAAGCAAACACACACUUGAUCCAUUGGAUCUGGAUCUUUGUGACAAGAAAACUUUAGGUCUUACCCACCAACAAAUUAAAGAAAACCCUUCUUUCCACCCA